AUGUGGACCAGCGCAGGUACAAGUGAACCCUCAGCUGAACCCCAGUCCACCUGGGGGGCAGAGACAAGUCCUACAGAGGAAACAUUGACCACGGAGACAGGCCCUAUCCACACCUCCCUUAGUAACUGGGUGGUUUCUGAGUCCACUGAGCCAAGCACAAGCUUCACUGAAACAGCGUCACCUGGAGAAACAUCUUCAGACACACCCCCCCUAGAAGCCACAGCUGGCCCAACCCCUGAGGAGACUACACCUUCCACUGAGAUCACACGCACAGGGUCAGUGGCAACCACCACCACGGAUCUGGAGGAACCUGGAGGCACCACACAGCCAAUGGGUAGCUUCACAUCUCUGAAGACCAUCAGUCUGGCGUCUCACAAGACCAUUUCUUCAGUGGUUACUACCUCCACUGUGGAGACCACCAACCUGUCUCAGACAUUUUCCACUUAUCCUGUGUCUACCGGGACUCAGGAAGAACCUGUUUCCACUGAAACCUCUGGGCCCAGGGAGACCUGCUCAGCCACAGAGAGAAGCAUGAUCCCUUCUCAGGUGGAUGGUGCUGCUGCUACUGAUGUCACUAGGACUGAGUUCACCUCUCUGGACAGAAUAUGUAGCCCAGGAUUCAUGACAGCGGCCAAGUCACCAGCAAGAGGAACCACAACUACAGAAUGGGUCUCCCCCUCCCCAUCUGAGGACUGGACCAAUGCUCACUUUGGGACUCCAGAAGGGACCAACAAGUCACCGGGCACAGUGUCAGAGAUGACCACUGUCAUGAGCAAAGGUCAUGAAGAUAUGUCUUGGACAAGCCCUGCCUCCAUGGGGGAGACCAGCUCUCCAUCUUCCCUAGAACCCAUUUUUGCCACAAACUCACCUUCUGCACCUUUCAUGUUACAAGGGAACAGUACCUUCUCUCCUGUGCCCACAACCUCAGUUCUCACCUCUGACUUGGAAAAAACCACAGAGGUUUUGGGCACAAGCUUGGAACCUGUGACCAGUACACCUGAAAGUGUGACCAACAUCUCACAGGAGACACUAACCUCUUCAGAAGCCACCAGCGAUACAGAAACAACUCAUUCUUCAAGAAUCACAGCAGUAACUGAUAUGGGGAUCACUAGUUCAGCCAACACAGGGCCACCCGAAGCCACAACUGCAACGUUUAUGUCUUCUACCAGAAGAGACACCAGUGUCUCCACAUCAACUCCAGACUCUUCCAAAACUGCACAGAUUGAGACAGAGCCAACAUCUUCCUUGACCGCUGGACCAAGGGAUACCAGCACCCAUCAGGAGGAAAGCUUAAGUAGAGAUCCGUCCAAAAACACAGCAGUAACCAAUAUGAGGACCACCGAUGAUGAACACGAAUCACGUUCCUUUGUCUCAACUGACUCAGAACCAUCCAAAACUGUAUUCCCAAUGAAUACAGCCAUCACCAUAGGGAAAAUCACUGUUUCCACCCCAAUGUCUAGCUUCUCUGAGACUCCAAGAAUUGAAGCUGAGACAAGUUCCUCCUUGAUGUUUGAAAUGAGGGAAACCAGCACCUCCAAGAAUACCAGCUCAUCCACAGACAAAACUACCAUCCUUUCUGAUAUGAACACUGGUUCUGUUAUUGAGGUGGCAAGGACGGAAGACAUCUCCUCUGGUGGUGUGCUCAGUGCAAGCCCUGCCAUUUCUACCAUGUCACCAGUAAUCUCCACAGAAACUAUCACAAGGCUUUCUACUUUCCCCACAAUGACAGAAUCAACAGAAAUAACUGUCACCAUUGAACAAGGUCAUCCUGCAGCUACAUCACAGAGGACCCUUGAUUGGGACACAUCAACCACAACAUCCAUGGUGGAGACCAACACAGCUGUGACUCAGGGACUUCUACACACAGAGCUGAUGACUCCCAUGAGCACAGGCGCUCAAGAGAUGUCUUGGACAAGCCCUGCCUCUGUGGAAGAAACCAGCUCUCCCCCUUCCCCAGUGACUUUAUCUGCCGUGACAUCACCCUCCCCUGAGUCUCCCACAUUACCAGGCAGGAGCCCCUCCUCUCCUCCCCCUGUGACUUCACGUUUCACCCAUGGUCUGGUGAAGACCACAGACACAUUGGGUCCUGGCUUGGGACCUGUGACCAGUUCACCUUCAAUUGAGAUGAGCUCCACCACUGAGCUACUGUCCACUUCUGGAGCCUCCACAAGUACAGAGGCGAUUCAGCCUUCCAAAAGCACAGCUGAGACCCAUGGGGCCAACACAAGCUCUGGACAUGAAGCUCAUUCCUCUACCCCAGCUGACUCAGAGCCAUCCAAUGUCAUGUCUCCAGUUGUUACUCUUUCCACCUCUAGAGAGACCACUGUUUCCACAUCAGUUACUCACUCGACUGAAACUACAAUGAUUGAGACAGCCUCCACAUCCUCUCUGAGCCCUGAACUCAGAGAGACAAGUGCCAUCCCACAGAACAGUUCAACCACAGAGAAAAUCACUCUUCUUUCCAGAGUGCCCACUGAUACGACUACUGAGCUCGCUAAGACACAACCCAUCUCCUCCACCAGCACAUCCAGCCCUGGCCCCACUCAGUCCACCAUGUCACCAGACACUCCUGCAGGCAUCAUCACCAGCCUCUCUACCUCCCCCGUGACCACAGAAUCUGCAGAAAUGACCAUCACCAGCCAGACAGGUCCCUCUGAGGCUACAUCACAGGGCACACUUACCUUGAACACAGCGACCGAAGCCUCUGGGGCAGGCACUCACCCAGCUGUGACUCAGAGCUUUACACACUCAGAGAUGAGCACUCUCAUGAGCAGGGGUCCCCAGGAUGUGUCUUGGACAAGCCCUGCCUCUGUGGAAGAAACCAGCUCUCCACCUUCCCCAGUGACUUUAUCUGCCGUGACAUCACCCUCCCCUGAGUCUCCCACAUUACCAGGCAGGAGCCCCUCCUCUCCUCCCCCUGUGACUUCACUUCUUACCCAUGGUCUGGUGAAGACCACAGACACAUUGGGUACUGGCUUGGGACCUGUGACCAGUUCACCUUCAAUUGAGAUGAGCUCCACCACUGAGCUACUGUCCACUUCUGGAGCCUCCACAAGUACAGAGGUGAUUCAGCCUUCCAAAAGCACCGCCAGGACCCAUGGGGUCCACACGAGUUCUGGACCUGAAGUUCAUUCCUCUACCCCAGCUGACUCAGAGCCAUCCAAUGUCACAUUUCAAAUUGUUACUCCUUCCAUCUCUAGAGAGAACCCUGUUUCCACACCAGUGCCUCACUCUACUGAAACUACAAUGAUUGAGACAGCCUCCACAUCCUCUCUGAGCCCUGAACUUAGAGAGACCAGCACCAUCCAGCAGAACAGUUCAACCACAGAGGAAGUCACUCUUCUCUCCAAAGUGCCCACUGAUACAACCACUGAGCUGUCUAAGACACAACCCAUCUCCUCCAGCAGCACGUUCAUCCCUAGCCCCACUCAAUCCGCAGUGUCCCCAGACAACCCUGCAGGCAUCAUCACCAGCCUUUCCACAUCCCCUAUGACCACGGAAUCUGCAGAAAUGACCAUCACCAGCCAGACAGGUCUCCCUGAGGCUACAUCACAGGGCACACUUACCUUGGACACAUCAACCAGCUCUCCAUCUUCCUCAGUACAUUCAUCUGCCAUGACGUCACCCUCCCUUCAGUUCCCCAUAGUACCAGGGAAGAGCCCCUCCUCUCCCACCCCUGCGACCUCACUUCUCACCAGUAGUCUCAUGAACACCACAGAGAAACUGGACACCAUAUUCAAACCAGUGACCACUUCACCUCCACCUUUGAGUAGUCCUAUCAUGGAGACACUCUCCACUUCUGAAUUCUCCACAGAUACAGUGAAAAUUCCUCCUUCCAUACACACCACAAUGACCACCGAGGGUUCCAGCAGUUCUGGCCAUGAACUUAGUUCCUCUGGCUCAAAUUUCUCUGAGUCCUCCAGGAUCACAUAUCCUGCUUCCUCCAUGGAUGCGAUCACUCUUUCCACAUCAAAGCCUUCCUCCUUUGAGACCACAACAUUUGAGACCAAGAAACUUUCCCAUCUGACGCCUGGACUGAAGGAGACAAGCAUGACCCUGCGUUUCAGCUCCAGCACACUCACGAACACACCUGCAUCGGCUCUGUCCACUCAUGGUUUGAAGAGUCCCAAGAUGGAUAUUACUUCUUCUGUGACAUCAUCAGCCCCAGUUCAGUCUCUGUCUACACAGGAUACUGAUGUUCCAGUUAAAACAGUCACACACUUUAAUGCUUCUCCCUCCAUAAAUGGAUCUGCUGGUAUAACUCUCCCAGAAUCCAGUCUUUCUAUGCCUGUAUCAGCAAAUACUCAUCACCUACACACAGAUAUGCUGUCUUCAGCUGAGACUACUCUUGCUAACACACUGACAUCUCCCAUGUCAGAGGCCAUGGCUUCCUUUGCCACAUCUGGAGUUCCAGGUGCCAUCUCAGCUACCUCCUCAGAUGGUCCAUUUUCUAGGACAGAAUCAGACCCCAAGGAGGAUACCAGGUCCACCGCUGCAGACGGUCUACCUUCUUCAGCUUCAACACCAUUCCCCUCUUCAACCUUACAUACCACUGAUCCUUCAAUGAGCUCCCUUUCCCAUUGGAUUACUUCCUCCCCAGCCACCCCAAGCACAGUAGACACCAGCCUUGACACAGAGAGCAGAAGGACUAGUGAAUUACCUUUGGUUACAACUAGUAUGCUGCAGACUUGGACCCAGCCACAUUGGACAUCUUUGCCACCCAUUAUGGACACUAAAAUGACAGGGAGUGUUGGUUUGGGAAGAGUGACAAGUUCUUUUAGAGUUAUUCCACACUCAACACAGUCAACAAGGACUGAUGACAUUGUGAAGCAUAUCACAAAGAUACCCAAUAAAGCAGCCCAUGGAGGCACCACCAUCCAUACUCCCCAGGCAUCCACAUCUGCUAGUCUUACAGGAUUAUCAACAGGAGGGACAGAGAGGACAGAGACCACUGCCACAGCUCUGAAGACCACAGUGACAGUGACUACCAGAAUGUCUACUCCCACUUCAGGAAUGCUGCCUCUCCUCAGGACAUCAGAUAAAAAGGCCAGCACAAGCACAAUAGGAACGAUCAUCACAACCCCAGAUAGUCCAAAGAUGACAGCCUCUUUGACCAUCAGACCUGGAGAUGAGACCAGCACAGUUCCUAUGACAACCCCAUCUACUUUCAGUAGAGGACCAGAGACUACACCCUCACUGGUCCCUAGUUCUGGGGCAGAAACCAGCGCUGUAGUUCCCAUGACAACCUCAUCUAUUUUCAGUAGAGGACCAGAGACUACACCCUCACUGGUCCCUAGUUCUGGGGCAGAAACCAGUACAGCUGUUCCAAUUCUGACUGUUUCCUCAGAUGAACCAGAGACCACAACCUCAUGGGUCACCCAUCCUGCAGAGACCAGUCCAACUGUUUCCAGGGCAAUCUUCAAUAUUUCUCAUAGUGAAUCAGACAGCACACCCCCAACAACUACAAGUUCUGGGAAAGAAGUCAGUACAGCUGUUACAACUCCAACUGUCUCCCAGACCAGCACACCUGAUUCCAAAACAGCUCUGAAUGUUUCCCCUAGAGAAUUAGACACCACAUCUUCAGCAACCACCAGUCCAGGGGCAGAAGCCAGUUCAGCCACUCCAGUGAUGACUAACUCAUCUAGCAAACCAGUGAUGGUGACCUCCCUGGUUCUUAGUUCUGGGACAGACACCAGUACAACCUUUCCGACUUUGACUGGGUUCCCACAUGAAUUAGAGUCAACAGUGUCCUUGGUCACCCAACCUCCAGAGUCUGACCCAACUGUGUCUAAGACAAUGACUAUUUCCCAUAAUGAAUCAGAUACCAUGCUCUCAGUGGUCACCAGUCUUGGAGCAAAAGUCAGUUCUGCUCUCCCAACUACAACUGUCUCACCUGGUGUGUCAGGAAUGGUGACCUCACUGGUUACCAGUUCCACAGCAGAGACUAGUUCAACUUCUCCAACUCUGACUGGUUCUCUGCAUGAACCAGAGACUACAGCCUCAUGGGUCACUCAUUCUGAGAGAAAAGUCAGUUCAACUGUUCCAACUAUGACUGUUUUCCCUGAGAAAUCAGAUACAACAGUCUCUUUCGUUACCCAUCCUGAAGAGACCAGCCCAACUGUUCCCAGGAAAACCUCCAACGUUUCCCAUAGUGAAUCAAACACCACAUUCUCAGUGGCUACAAGUCCUUGGGAAGAAUUCAGUUCAGCUGUCCCAGCUACAACUGUCUCACCUGCUGUAUCAGGGACAGUGACCUCACACGUUACCAGUUCUGUGGCACAGACCAGUACAACUUUUCCAACUGUGGCUGACUCCCCUGGGAAGCCAGAUACAACAGUCUCACUGGUUACCCAUCCUGAAGAGACCAGCCUAAGCAUUCCCAGGACAACCCCCAAUGUUUCCCAGAGUGAAUUUGACACCACACCUUCAAUAGCCACUAGUCCUGGGGCAGAAGGCAGUUCAGCUGUCCCAGCUAUGACUACCUCACCUGGUAUACCAGAGAUGAUGACCUCACUGAUCACCAGUUCUGUUGCAGAGGCUAGUACAACUUUUCCAACUCUGACUGAUUCCACACACAAACCAGAGACAACAGCCUCAGGGAUCAUCCACUCUGGGACUGAAACAAACCACAGCCUCAUUGGUCACUCAUCCUGGGGUGCAGGCCAGUUCAGCUACUUCAGUUGUCUUCUCUACUAUGCCAAGCUUGGGGACCUCACUUUUCACAAGUUCUGGGACAGAGACAAAACAACUCUGAGUUUUCCUCAUAGUAAAUCAGACAUCACACCCUCAAUGCCUACAAGUUCUGAGGCAGAAGCCAGUUCAGCCAUUCCAACUACAGCUAUCUCCCCUAGUGUACCAGAUGUUAUGACUUCUCUGAUCACUACUUCGAGAGCAGAGAUCAGUACAACUUUUAGAACUGUGACUGAUUCUACACAUGAACCAGAGGCAACAGCCUUAGCAGUCACCCACUCUGGGACAAAAACAAAUUCAGCUAUUCUAACUAUGACUGUUUCCCCUGGGAAGCCAGACACAACAGUCUCACUGGUCACCCAUUCUGAAGAGACCAGCCACACUGUUCCAAGGACAACCUCCAGUGUUUCCCAGGGUGAAUCGGACACCACACCCUCAAUGACUACCAGUCCUGCAGCAGAAGUCAGUUCAGCUGUCCCAGCUAUGACUGUCCCACCCAGUAUACCAGGAAUGGUGACCUCACUGGUUACCAGUUCUGAGGCAGAGACCAGUACCACUUUUCGAACUCUGACUGAUUCCUUAUAUGAAUCAAAGACCACAACCUCAUGGAUCACCCAUUCUGGGACAAAAGCCAGUUCAGCUGUUCCAACUUUGACUGUUUCUGCUGGGAAGCCAGAUACAACAGUCUCACUGGUCACCCAUCCUGAAGAGACCAGCCCAACUGUUCCCAGGACAACCUCCAAAGUUUCCCAGAGUGAAUCAGACACCACACUUUCAACAGCCACCAGUCCUGGGACAGAAACAAGUUCAGCUCUCCCAGCUACAACUGUCUCACCUGGUGUAUCAAGGAUGGUGACUUCUCUGGUUACCAAUUCCGUGACAGAGAUCAGUACAACUUUUCCAACUGAAACAAGUUCAGCUGUUCCAAUUCUGAUUGUUUCUCCUGGAAAGCCAGAUAUGACAGUCUCACUUGUCACUCAUCCUGAAGAGACCAGCUCAACUGUUCUCAAGACAACCCUCAGUGUUUCCCAUAGUGAAUCAAACACAACACCCUCAACAAGCACAAGUCCUGAGGCAGAAACCAGUUCAGCUGUCCCAGCUACAACUGUCUCACUUGCUGUUCCAGGGCUGGUGACCUCACUGGUUACCAGUUCCAUGGCAGAGACCAGUAUAGUUGUUCCAACUCUGACUGAUUCCAUGAACAAACCAGAGACUAUAGCCUCAGGGGUGACCCACACAGAAACAAACACCAGUUCAGCUGUCCCAGCUACAACUGUCUUACAUGGUGUGCCAGGGAUGGUGACUUCACUGGUUACCAGUUCUGGGACAGAGACCAGUAGAGCUUUUCCAGCUCUGACUGAUUCCCUACAUGAACCACCAGAUACAACAGUCUCACUGGUCACCCAUCCUGAAGAGACCAUCCCAACUCUUCCCAGGACAACCUCCAAAGUUUCCCAGAGUGAAUCAGACACCACACCUUCAACAGCCACCAGUGCUGGGACAGAAACAAGUUCAGCUCUGCCAGCUACAACUGUCUCACCUGGUGUAUCAGGGAUGGUGACUUCUCUGGUUACCAAUUCUGUGACAGAGAUCAGUACAACUUUUCCAACUCGGACUAAUUCCACACUGAAACCAGAGACUACAGCCUCAGGGUUCACCCAGACUGAAACAAUCUCACUGGUCACCCAUCCUGAAGAGACCAGCCCAACUGUUCCCAGGACAACCUCCAAAGUUUCCCAGAGUGAAUCAGACACCACACCUUCAACAGCCACCAGUGCUGGGACAGAAACAAGUUCAGCUCUCCCAGCUACAACUGUCUCACCUGGUGUAUCAGGGAUGGUGACUUCUCUGGUUACCAAUUCUGUGACAGAGAUCAGUACAACUUUUCCAACUCGGACUAAUUCCACACGGAAACCAGAGACUACAGCCUCAGGGUUCACCCAGACUGAAACGAGUUCAGCUGUUCCAACUCUGAUUGUUUCUCCUGGAAAGCCAGACACAACAGUCUCACUUGUCACCCAUCCUGAAGAGACCAGCCCAACUGUUCUCAAGACAACCCCCAGUAUUUCCCAUAGUGAAUCUGACACUACACCUUCAACAGCCACCAGACCUGGGACAGAAACCAGUUCAGCUGUCCCAGCUACAACUGUCUCCCCUAGUUUACCAGAUACAGUGAGCUCUGAAACAGACACCACUAUGGCUAUUCUACCUCUGACUCUUUCUCCUGGUGAAGCAGCAACCACAGCCUUAUUAGUCACCUCUUCCAGUGCAGAGACGAGCACAACUUCUGCUUCAACUGUUUUUCCUCAUUUACCAGAAACCACAGCCUCACCGUCCAUCUGGCCUGAGUUGGAGACUAGUACAGCUCCUCCAUCUCAGACUGUCUCUCUCAGUCCACCAGAAACAUCCUCUUUCUUCACUAUACCUGUGACCAUGACAGCCAGAGUUGAUCUAAAUCCAACUGUUUCACUUGGGGUUUCUUCAGAAACAGCCUCAGUCUCCACUGAGGAGACACAACUCAGCACAGCCAUUGCAGUGUCAGCUACUUCCCAUGGUUUACCAGAGACCACAGGUUUCCUGGCCACCAGUCCUGAAGCCCAGGCCAGUACAAGCCUCCCUGCUCUGACUCUUUCCCCUGGUGGUCUUGGGCCUUCCAGGACCCCUGCAACAACCGUUGAGCUUUAUACUGUAACUUCUGGGAACACAGAAACCUCACUACCUGCAACCUCUGUUGAACUCUCAGAAUUUCCCAAAACUGUGACAGGGGACACUGUGAGCUUGAGACCAUCGGAGACCACAAUGCAACCUAAAACCAGUCAUGUGGAAGGAGUAAGUACAACCACUAUCCUGAAAACCGCCACUGUUGAGACCACUCAUUUAGCUGCCACAGGUUCAGGCCCCACUGUGGCCGAGACCACAACCACCUUCAACACACUGGCUGGAAGUCCUUCUGCCCAUGUGACCACACCUGGAACAUCCACCUUGGCCUCUGUGACUGUGACUUCAGGAACAACCACUGCAGCUGCAAUUCCUUUCUUGAUGCCUUUCACUGUCAACUUCACCAUCACCAACCUGCACUACACAGAAGACCUGGGAAACUCGGACUCUAAGAUAUUCAAAGACACUGAGAGACACCUGCAGCUGCUGCUCAGGCCUUUGUUCAGAAACAGCAGCAUUGGUUCCCGGUAUGCCGGCUGUAGACUGACCUUGCUCAGGGCUGACAAGGGUGAAACAAGCACUAGGAUGGAUGCCGUCUGCACCUACCGCUCAGAUCCCACAGGCUUCAGGCUGGACACGGAACGACUGUAUCGGGAACUAAGCCAGCAGACCCAGGGUGUCACUCGGCUGGACCACUACACCCUGGACAGGGACAGUCUCUAUGUCAAUGGUUACAACCAUCAGUACUGGAUCCCCACCACCAGCAUUGCAGACAUGGGCCCAGCCCUGAUGCCAUUCACCCUUAAUUUCACCAUUACCAACCUGUUCUAUACCCCAGACAUGGGGCACCGAGGAUCCGAGAAGUUCAACUUCACUGAGAAGGUUCUGAAUCACCUGCUUGGUCCUCUGCUCAAGAACACCAGUGUCGGCCCACUCUACUCUAACUGCAGACUGACCCUGCUCAGGACUGAAAAGGAUGGCGCCGCAACUGGAGUGGAUGCCAUCUGCACCUACCAUCCUGACCCCACAUGGCCUGGGCUGGACAGAGAAAAGUUGUACCGGGAGCUGAGUCAGCUGACUCAUGGUGUCACCAGGAUGGGCAACUACACUCUGGACAGUAACAGCCUCUAUGUCAAUGGCAUGAGCCCUUCUCUGGUACCUUUCACCCUCAACUUCACCAUCACCAACCUGAACUACACAGAGAACAUGAGUCCCCCAGGAUCUGAGCUAUUCAGCACCAUGGAAAGGAUCUUGAAUCGCCUGCUCAAACCCUUGUUCCAGAAUAGCAGUAUUGGGCUCCUGUAUUCUGGCUGCCGACUGACCUUGCUCAGGCCUGAAAAAAACAGAAGAGCCACUGGAGUUGAUGCUGUCUGUACUCACCGACCUAACCCCAUGGGCCUUAAACUAGACCGAGAGAGGCUGUACCGGGAACUGAGCCAUGAGACUCAUGGUGUCACCCAGCUGGGAUCCUUCACUUUGGACAAGGACAGCCUCUAUGUCAAUGGUUACACCCAAUGGACGUCAGCCUCCACCCCCAGUGGAGUCCCUCUUCUGAUGCCUUUCACCCUCAACUUCACCAUCACCAACCUAAUCUUCGAGGAGGACAUGCAGCAACCCGGCUCCUGGAAAUUCAAUGCCACCGAGUUGAUCCUGCAGGGUCUGCUCAAACACACGUUCAAGAAUAGCAGCAGUCUGGGAUCCCUCUAUUCAGGCUGCAGACUAGCCUUGCUCAGGCCUGAGAAGGACGGCACAGCCACCAGAGUGGACGCCAUCUGCAUGCAUCGCCCUGACCCCAAAGGCCCUGGAUUGGACAGAGAGCAGCUGUACUGGGAGCUGAGCCACCUGACCCAUGGUGUCACUCUGCUGGGCCCCUAUACCCUGGACAGGGACAGUCUCUACGUCAAUGGCUAUACCCAUCAGGCCCUGAACUCCACCCCCAGCAUAGCCAGCCCUGCCCUGGUGCCAUUCACCCUCAACUUCACCAUCAAUAACUUGCACUAUGUGGAGGACAUGCAUCGCCCUGAUUCCUCGAAGUUCGUCAACACAGAGAAAGUCCUGCAGGUUCUGCUCAGACUCUUGUUCAAGAACACCCGUGUGGGCCACCAGUACUCAGGCUGCAGACUGACAUCGCUCAGGCCUGAAAAGAAUGGAGCGGCCACUGGAGUGGAUGCGGUCUGCACCCACCGCCCUGAUCCAGUGGGCCCUGGGCUGGACAGAGAGCAGCUGUAUUGGGAGCUGAGUCAGCUGACACACGGUGUCACCCAGCUGGGCCCCUACACCCUGGACCAGGACAGUCUCUACGUCAAUGGAUACAGCCACCAAACUCAGCCCACCACCCCUAGCAGUUACUCCCAUCGGACCUCAGCCACCACUGCCAACAGAAAACUUGGCCAUGACUGUGGCCCAAACUGGACAUCCUUCUCUUCCUUCCCCGCUGCAGCCACUGACCUUCACCUGGUGUCCUUCACCCUGAACUUCACCAUCACCAACAUGCACUACACGGACGACAUGGGGCGCCCAUCUUCUCUGAAGUUCAGCGCCACCGAAAGGAUCUUACAGCACCGACUCAGGGUCUUGCUCAGUAAGACCAGUGUCGGCCCCCUCUAUGCUGGCUGCAGGCUGGAGUUGCUCAGGCCUGAAAAGAGGGGAGCAGCCACUGGAGUGAAUGUAGUCUGCAGCCUCCGCUCUGAGCCCACAAGACCCGCACUGAACGAACAGCAGCUGUACUGGGAACUGAGCCAUGAGACAGGCGGCAUCACCCAACUGGGCUCCUUCAGUUUGGACAGAAAUAGCCUCUACGUGAAUGGUUACACCUAUGCAGUCCUGGCCCCCACUACCACCACCUGGACUAUCUCUCUACCUACUGUAGCUGGGGAGGUCAGUGAGGAGCCCUUCACGCUGAACUUCACCAUCAACAACCUGCGCUACUCUGCAGACAUGGGUCACCCAGGCUCCCACAAGUUCAACAUCACAGACACCCUCAUGCAGCACCUGCUCAGCCCGUUGUUCCAGAGGAGCAGCCUGGGUGCCCGGUAUGCGGGCUGCAGGGUCAUCUCCCUAAGGUCUGUGAAAAAUGGUGCCAAGACACGUGUGAACAUCCUCUGCACCUACCGGCAGUCCCCCAGUGGCCCCAGUCUGCUGGCCAAGCAGGUGUUCCAUGAGCUGAGCAGACAGACCCACGGCAUCACCCGGCUGGGUCCCUAUUCUCUGGACAAGGACAGUCUCUACCUCAAUGGUUAUAAUGAACGCGGUCCAGAUGAGCCUCCUACAACUCCCGCACCAGCUACCACGUUCCUUCCCACUUCACCAUCACCUGUGCAACCGGAAUCCACCACAGCUAUGGGAUACAACCUGAAGACCCUCACACUUAACUUCACCAUCUCCAACCUUCCAUACUCAUCAGACAUGAGCAAUGGCUCCGCGAUGUUCAACUCUACCAAGAUGAUCCUGCAUCACCUGCUUGGAUCCUUGUUCCAGAAGAGCAGCCUGGGCCCCUUCUACUCAGGUGGCAGACUGAUCUCCCUCAAACCUGAGAAGGAUGGUGCAGCCACCAGCGUGUAUGUCGUCUGCACCUACCACCCUGACCCCAUGGGCCACAGGCUGAACAUAGAGCAGCUUUACUGGGAGCUGAGCCAACUGACCCAUGGUGUCACCCAGCUGGGCCUCUACACUCUGGUCAAGGACAGCCUCUUCAUCAAUGGCUAUGCACCCCAGAGUUUAUCUAUCCAGAGGGAAUACCAACUAAAUUUCCACAUCAUCAACUGGAAUCUCAGCAACCCAGACCCCACAUCAUCAGAGUACAUCGCCCUGCUGUGGGACAUCAGUGACAAGGUCACCAAACUCUACAGGAGCAGCCAGCUACAAGACGUAUUCCUCUCCUGCCUGGUCACCAACUUGACGUUGGAUCCCAUAUCGGUCACCAUCAAGGCCCAGUUCUCCUCCAGAGUGGACUCCAGCAUGGUGAAGCAAGUAUUUCUAGACAAGACCCUGAACGCCUCAUCCCACUGGCUGGGUGCCACCUAUCAGCUGACAGAUGUGCACGUGACAGAAGUGGAGCCAUCAAUUCAUCUACCAACAGACCAAUCAACGAUCAGCCCCAGUUUCCAGGAAGUCCAGCUAAAUUUCACUGUCACCAACCUAUUCUAUUCUCAGGACAUGAAGCAGCCAGACACUCCCAAAUACCAGAGAAACAAGAGAAAUAUUGAAGAUGCGCUCAACCAGCUCUUCCGAAACAGCAGCAUCAAGACUCAUUUUUCUGACUGUGAAGUUUCAGCAUUCAGGUCUGUCCCUCCAAGCAACCACAGUGGGGUUAACGCUCAGUGUAACUUCGCAUUUUUGGCUCGGAGUCUGAACCGAGUUGUCAUCUAUGAGGAAUUCCUGCGUCUGACCAAGAAUGGCACUCAGCUGCAGAAUUUCACCCUGGACAGGAACAGUCUACUUGUGGAUGGGUAUCCUCCCAACAGAAAUGAUGUCGUGACUGAGAAUUCUGACCUCCCCUUCUGGGCCAUCAUCCUCAUCUGCCUGGCAGGACUCCUGGUGCUCAUCAUGGGCCUGAUCGGCUUUUUCCUGGCCAGAGUCCACCAGCGGAAGAAGGAGGCGGACUAUGAGGUUCAGCAACUACAGCCCGAUAGCGUGGGCUAUUACCUGCCGCACCUGGACCUGAGGAAGCUGCAGUGACACCUGCGCAAGUCCCCU